AUGGGGAAAUUUCAGAAGUCGCGAAAGGGCAAGGAAAGCCUCAAGAAACGCACCUCCAAUUCCACCAUCAACGAGCCUCUCCCUGACGAUGGCCCUCCCUAUCUCCUCGGCCAACCUACGGGACCACCCUGCGACGAGCCUCCCAGAAUGGAGCCCCCUAGUUCAGAAUCGAUAUCGAGAUCAGCGUCAAGACUAUCGUCGUCUUCGUCGUCCGUGCAUGCUCUUCCGGCUAGACAGGGCUGGCCGCUACCUCCAGGACUUCCUCUUCCCAAAAACAGGCCUAAUCCCAAUCCGCGUCCCCAGAUGAAAUCACAUUCCAACCCGGGUCGUAACGGGGGCCGCUAUCCUCGUUCAAAUGGUCACAACCGUGGCUUUGAUAAGCAGAUGCCUCCCCGUCGGGGUUUCUCAGAUUAUGCUCCUCGUUAUGCUAUGGGAGCGGGUGUCGAUGCGGGUGCGAACUGGUCUCGUCAUGGUAGCGGGGUUGGUAGUCCUGCGCCGUUCGGAAUGAUGGGAUACCCUGAUUGCAGCGCAGGUCCUGGUGUUAGUCGGCCCUCCCCAACGCAAAUGGUGUUUUCUGCUAGCGGUUUUGGGGGUGGUGAAAUUGGAUCUAUGUAUCCAUUUCAGGACAUGCAGUUGCCGCAGUAUCAACAGCAGCCGCAUCUUCAACAGCCACCCCAUUAUCAGCAGCAUCCGCAUUGCCCCCAGCAACAGCACUACCAGCAGCAUCAGAAUUACCAGCAGCAUCAGAAUUACCAACAUCAACAGCAGUACCACCAGCGUCAGCAGUACCAGCUCCAGCUUCAGCAACAGCAACAGCAACAGCAAUAUCUAAUGGACAUGGAAAGGGCGGCUACCCACGGCUAUCCAUCCCCUAGAAUGCAGACGGAGUACCCUCGGGCCCCUUCUACAGAACACCACAGACGCCCUCUCGACGAGGAGAUGAGCUUAUUCGGACCUUCUGCCUCCCAGCUUCACCACAUUGACAGCCGCCUCCAACGCCACGAAGCCUGUCAGCUUUCGAGCGGUGCUCUCCGUGCUGACGCUCCUGUGUUUGUGCCUACUGAGGAGAAGGUGAAGAAGAAGCUGGUGUAUCCGUUCAUUGUCCAUGGCUGA